AUCCGUGAGCAGAGAGGGAAGAGGGCAAAGGAACAAGUCCACCAGGCGCAGCUCCAGACUCCUGCCUCCUGCAAGAAGGGACAGAUCAACAGAAACAUAAAAUGGCCCGCCCCGGCCUCCUGCUCUGCCUGCUCUCCGCCGCUGUCCUCCCUCUGCUGGGCGGGAGCUCCUCCUUCCUGUCGCACCACCGCCUGAAAGGCAGGUUCCAGAGGGACCGCAGAAACAUCCGCCCCAACAUCAUCCUGGUGCUCACAGAUGACCAGGACGUCGAGCUCGGUUCCAUGCAGGUGAUGAACAAGACGCGGCGCAUCAUGGAGCAGGGCGGGGCGCACUUCGUCAACGCCUUCGUGACCACGCCCAUGUGCUGCCCCUCGAGGUCCUCCAUCCUCACCGGGAAGUACGUGCACAACCAUAACACCUACACCAACAACGAGAACUGCUCCUCGCCCUCCUGGCAGGCGCAGCACGAGAGCCGCACCUUUGCCGUGUACCUCAACAGCACUGGCUACCGGACAGCUUUCUUCGGGAAGUACCUGAAUGAGUACAACGGUUCCUACGUGCCACCGGGCUGGAAGGAGUGGGUCGGCCUCCUUAAAAACUCCCGAUUUUAUAACUACACGCUCUGCCGGAACGGGAUGAAGGAGAAGCACGGCUUUGACUACUCCAAGGAUUACCUGACAGACCUCAUCACCAACGACAGCGUGAGCUUCUUCCGCACGUCCAAGAAGAUGUACCCGCACAGGCCCGUCCUGAUGGUCAUCAGCCACGCAGCCCCCCACGGCCCCGAGGACUCGGCCCCCCAGUACUCAGGCCUCUUCCCCAACGCGUCCCAGCACAUCACGCCAAGCUACAACUACGCGCCCAACCCCGACAAGCACUGGAUCAUGCGUUACACGGGGCCCAUGAAGCCCAUCCACAUGGAAUUCACCAACAUGCUCCAGCGGAAGCGCCUGCAGACCCUCAUGUCCGUGGACGACUCCAUGGAGACGAUCUACAACAUGCUGGUGGAGACGGGCGAGCUGGACAACACCUACCUCGUGUACACCGCCGACCACGGCUACCACAUCGGCCAGUUCGGCCUGGUGAAGGGGAAGUCCAUGCCGUACGAGUUUGACAUCAGGGUCCCGUUCUACGUGCGAGGCCCCAACGUGGAGGCCGGCUCGCUGAACCCCCACAUCGUCCUCAACAUCGACCUGGCCCCCACCAUCCUGGACAUCGCAGGGCUGGACAUCCCCUCGGAUAUGGAUGGGAAAUCCAUCCUGAAGCUGCUGGACACGGAGAGGCCCAUGAACCGGUUUCACUUGAAAAAGAAGAUGAGGGUCUGGCGGGACUCCUUCCUGGUAGAGAGAGGCAAGCUGCUCCACAAGAGGGACAGUGACAAGGCGGACGCCCAGGAGAACUUCCUGCCCAAGUACCAGCGCGUGAAAGACCUGUGCCAGCGGGCCGAGUACCAGACCGCGUGCGAGCAGCUGGGACAGAAGUGGCAGUGUGUGGAGGACGCCACAGGGACGCUGAAGCUGCACAAGUGUAAGGGCCCAGCGCGGCCCGGUGGCAGAGCCCUGUCCAACCUGGUGCCCAAGUACUAUGGGCAGGGCGGCGAGGCCUGCACCUGCGACAGUGGCGGGGACGACCAGCUCAGCCUGGCCGGACGCCGGAAAAAGUUCUUCAAGAAGAAGUACAAGGCCAGCUAUACCCGUAAUCGCUCCAUUCGCUCAGUGGCCAUCGAGGUGGACGGCCAGGUGCACCAUGUAAGUCUGGAUGAGGCAUCCCAGCCCCGCAACCUUACCAAGCGGCACUGGCCAGAGGACCAAGAUGACAAGGACGGCGGGGACUUCAGUGGCACUGGAGGCCUUCCGGACUCUUCAGUCCCCAACCCCAUUAAAGUCACACAUCGGUGCUACAUCCUAGAGAAUGACACGGUGCAGUGUGACCUGGACCUGUACAAGUCCCUGCAGGCCUGGAAAGACCACAAGCUGCACAUCGACCAUGAGAUCGAAACCCUGCAGAACAAAAUUAAGAACCUGAGGGAAGUCCGAGGUCACCUGAAGAAAAAGCGGCCAGAAGAAUGUGACUGUCACAAAAUCAGUUACCACACCCAGCACAAAGGCCGUCUCAAGCACAAAGGCUCCAGUCUGCAUCCUUUCAGGAAGGGGCUGCAGGAGAAAGACAAGGUGUGGCUGUUGCGGGAGCAGAAGCGCAAGAAGAAACUUCGCAAGCUGCUCAAACGCCUGCAGAACAACGACACGUGCAGCAUGCCUGGCCUCACAUGCUUCACCCACGACAACCAGCACUGGCAGACCGCGCCUCUCUGGACACUGGGGCCCUUCUGUGCCUGCACCAGCGCCAACAACAACACGUACUGGUGCAUGAGGACAAUCAACGAGACCCACAACUUCCUCUUCUGUGAAUUUGCAACCGGCUUCCUCGAGUACUUUGAUCUCAACACAGACCCCUACCAGCUGAUGAAUGCAGUGAAUACACUGGACAGGGAUGUCCUCAAUCAGCUACAUGUACAGCUCAUGGAGCUGAGGAGUUGCAAGGGUUACAAGCAGUGUAACCCCCGGACGCGCAACAUGGACCUGGGACUUAAAGAUGGAGGAAGCUAUGAACAGUACAGGCAGUUUCAGCGUCGAAAGUGGCCAGAAAUGAAGAGACCUUCUUCCAAAUCGCUGGGACAACUGUGGGAAGGCUGGGAAGGCUAAGCAGCAUGGGAUGGACCUCCCAAACAGAGGCAUCAUCUGACCAUCCAGACAAUGCAAAACCCUGUGUGAUUCCAGGCAGACUAUGCUGUUAGCCAGGAGACCUGAGAGACACAGAACUUGCUUUCAGUCAACAUGGCAAAUUCUGGAAGAGAACUACCACGAGUAGUGCUACUUCAGGAAGUCCAUUUUUGCCCUUGCUUUUGCUUUGGAUUGUACCUCACCAGCUGCACAAAAUGCAUUUUCAUAUCAAAGUCACCACUAACCCUCUCCAAGGCUCACAAGGGAAAAAGAACAAAGAGAGAUUUUUUUUUUUAAUUUCCCCAAAGGUGAAAAGUCACUGGAAUAUUUUUUUUAAGUCACAGGGGAAGACCAACCCUAUUUUAAAUCCUCUUAUCUUUUGGUUUGUCACGAAGAACGAACUAAGAGGCAGGACAGAGGCAACGUGCAGAUGCUGGACGGUGCACAGUCGGAUAGCAAGUCAAUAGCACAAAGAAGUGACACUUACCUAGCACUAGAGCCCUGGCUGCCUCUGAAGAAACGGACUUCACUGUAAAUAUGUGACUAUUUACAUGUAACCAGUGUGGAACUUAGGGGAUCUAAGAAGAAACCCAGUUUUGAAGCGUGGUGGUGUCAAUAAACGCUGUGGCCAGUGUGAGAGAAAAGCCCUGCAGUGUGGACAGUUCUGUUCCCAACCAGGUACCAUGGCCCCUAUUCCUGUGUUCUCUCUCCCAGAACCAAUGUUUUCUGAAGUACUGAAAAGAAAUGAAGUUGAUGUACAAUCCCACAUUUUAAUGAAGUUGUAUUUGUAAAGAAAUUUUGUAGUCUAAGUAGUGUCAUACAAUGUUCAGAACUUCAGCCAAUGACCAGAAGUCAGUAUGAGGUAACCUUUGACAUUUUGUAAAAGGCUAUUCUUGGGAGUUUUGUUUUGCUUUUUUGUGGGUUUUUUCCCCCUUGAAAUCACUCAAGACACCACCAGUCAACAGCUUUUUCAAAGGAGACACCCUGGACUUGAGUGGUUUUUUAAGGGAGAACAGAGGUUACAAAUUAACGACUAAAAUUUACCGUAUUUCAAGGAACUCACAGGUAAGUCUCACAUUACACCAGCUUUAGGACCUCAUUUUUAAAAUGUGUUAAAUCAAAUGCAAAGCAAUUGCUAACCCCUUUCUAACCUGAAGAUAGCUGCUAGAAACAGGAGGAACCUCAGCCAUCAACUGAUCCAACCCAUUUCUCAUUCAAUAGAUGAUCCCUUAUAGCUCACCUUUUGUAAGAACAAUUCCAUGCUUUUCAAGAUUUCUUUUUGGAACGAGUUUGAAGAGUAUAAUCUCCAGUUUUGCUGUUCUAUUGCUGCACACAAUAAGCAGCAUUUGGUGGGGGGGGGGGGUUAUUUUAACCUCACAGAUAUAGCUACUAUUAUUUGAAAUAAGAGUCCUUAACUUUCUUUUUCACCCCUAAUCCAAUAAGGAUUUUUCUUUAAAUAAAUAAAGCAAGCUCUUUGGCUUCAAUUUUAAAUAGAAACCUUUAUUUACAAUGACACCCAAAUGAUCCGCAAAACAGUCAUAGCUUACCACACAACCAUCUCAUAAGUUAUCCCACGUGGUCUGGAGUCUUUGCAGUUUAAAGGAUGGUUUAGAUUUCUUUAAAAAACAACAUUUAAUGUAAACUUGAUUGAAUUCAUUCUCAACACUUUAAGUCAAUUCCUGAGAAUUUAAAUAUUGCUCUCAGAAUGACAUUUCCAUCUUCAAAAUCCCAUACAUUGGAAAGAGAAGAAGAGAAAGAAGGAAAAAAGAACACCCUGCUCAUUAAACAGUUUGCCUUGGGCUCAACAGCAGCUCCUGCUCCUCUGCAUCUCCCACUUGGGAACAAACUCAUGGCUUCUGCAAAUAAAAAGGGAACUGGACAGGCAUAUGGGUAACGGGCAAUGCAUUCUGUUACUUUCCAGCUGCAUCUAUCUCUGGAUCAAAGAACUUUUAGGACAGCAAACCAAUGUUCUACAGUACCUCCCCUCUACACCCGCAACUCACCUCGGGGAGUGAAUAGGAUUAAGCAGUCUUAUUGAUUGAUAUUUACACCUUUCCAUCAAGAUGUACAACUUAGAAAAGUGACAUCAUAAUAUGAACAUUAACAAUCUCUAUUUGUUUUUUUAAAGGAAGAAACAUGUACCUCCUUUAUAUCAUUUUGAUCUUUAAAAAUAUAUUAUAUAUAUAUAUCUUUGGAUUCAGCAAAAAAGGUAUAUUGGAAAUAUCUCACAUUCUAAAAGCUGAUGAAAAGAUUACUUAUACUGUUCACCCAACAAAUACCAAGGUUUAAAAAAGUAGGGAGAGGAGAGGUAGGCAGCAGGAGUACAAAGAAUUAUCCAAAAAAGAUAAAAGGGCAAUAAAGGUUAAAAACAACAAAUUAUCUCAAAGAUUGCAUCUAUUAAAAGAAAAUCAGAAUCUUAAGUUUGCACCAAUAAAAUGAACAAGUAGAAAAUAUAAAAACUUAUAACUUUUGUUUUUUCAUAUAAAAAAGGGGUGCUGCCUUCGUUAGCCUGGAGCCAGGACUAAGGAAAAGAAUCACAAAACUUUUUGUUCUUUUUUAAAAGUCAAGAAAGGUAAGAGCACCAUUCUGUUUCUCCCACGCACACACAACUUAAACAAGAAAGGUUCAGACAUACCUCACACAACUGUGUCUAAAAAGACAGACACUUAGUUAUGUCUCUGUCUCCGGACAGGAGGAUGUGUUAUCUGAAAAGUACAGGCCACUAUGAUGGAAGUUCAUGGAUUUACAAUAUUAGAUUUAUUUUUAACGGGGCAGGAGGGAAUGGGGUGUCAGAUUCAAAUCCAUUCUAGUGGUGGUUCUGGAAAUACCGAUUUCACUUAUUCAUAAAGAAAUUAAAUGAUCUUACCUUAGAGGCACCUAGAAAGAUUAGCUCAAUGUGUGUGAAAUAAAAAUUAACUGGCUCUCAAUUAUUGCUAGGAUGUGACACCAAAGCUAACAGAGACAUUUGAAAUUCAUAGAUAUUCCAAAAACCCAAUUUCAUUCAAUUAUAUGAACCUAAUAAAGUAAACCAGAUACAGGGAAUUAAAUCUGAUUUUUUUUUUUUCUAUUCCCAACUGACAAGUGUCAGGGAGUGGUGACAGCAGACAAGGGCAGGGGUAGCAGAAGGAGGGAGUGCAACGGCGCUCAGACUGCAGCUCUGAAUCAUGCAAAACUGACUUCCCGGGGCCGAGUCCUUACGAAAAUUACCAGGACACAACUCUUAUUCUCAGGGAUGGUGAAAGCAUCAUGUUAGUGAAUGACAGCACAGCUGAGCAGACAUCGGAAACCACACAUCAAGGAUUCCACUCCUGAGAGCUCAAUUGGGAUUCAGGUCCUAGUAACCAAAACCUAGAGCAAUCCUCAAGUGGACAAAAAGACACCAAUUUUAAAAAAAAACCCAUGAAUUGUUAUUGUUUUAUUUAUGGACCACUUUAAAUCAAAUUGCUUAAUAUUUUUAAAUUCUUGAUACCUUUUUUAAAAACGUUUAUUUUCCCAUGUCUAUUCUUUCCCCAAAAAUUAACAAAGUGCUUAGUUCUGGUAGAAGAAUUUAAAAAAAAAAA